GCUUAAUUUUGCUGCAGUUUUUCAAACCAAACUUGUCGAAUAAUUCUUGGCCUGAAGAAAGAAGAAGAAGAAGAAGAAGAACAGAGGAAAAAGAAGAAGUAGUUAAGGAAGAAUCGAAACUAGUGUCUAUAUCUCUUUCUAAUUCAAAAUCAAAGCUUUCUCUUUUGGCUUUUUGUAUAGAAACUCUAAGAACUCAAAGAGUUAGAGAAAGCUAGCUCCAAUGGGUAGGCCUCCCAGUAAUGGAGGCCCUGCCUUCCGUUUCACCCCUAUUGAGGUGGCUGAGAUGGAAGCUAUUCUGCAAGAACACAAUAAUUCAAUGCCUGGACGUGAAGUUCUUGUAGGUCUUGCAGAAAAGUUCAGUGAUUCAGCAGAUCGAAAGGGCAAAAUUACGGUGCAAAUGAAGCAAGUUUGGAACUGGUUUCAAAAUAGGCGAUAUGCGAUAAGGGCGAAAUUAAGUAGGACCCCUGGAAAGUUGAAUGUGUCAUCUAUGCCUCGGGAGGAUCCAAUGCCAGUGAGAAAUAUGCCUCAAAGUUUAACUGCUCCUAUACCUACUCCUUCAGUUCCAGGCGCAGGAAGAGGUACUUCAGAAAAUUCCGUAAUGGAGUUUGAAGCAAAAUCCGGGAGGGAUGGUGCAUGGUUGGUAUCUCUUGUCAUUUGUGUGUACGACGUUGCUAACUUUUUCUCCCAUAGAUAUCUGGACAGUGGUGAUCCGGAAGUGCUGAUUCGAUUUGCUGGUUUUGGACCUGAAGAGGAUGAGUGGGUUAAUGUAAAAAAGCACGUGAGGCAGCGCUCUCUCCCAUGUGAAUCCUCAGAGUGUGUUGCAGUCCUUCCUGGAGAUCUCAUACUCUGUUUUCAGGAAGGUAAGGAGCAGGCUCUUUAUUUUGAUGCUCAUGUUCUUGAUGCUCAAAGACGAAGACAUGAUGUAAGGGGCUGUCGCUGUAGGUUUCUGGUGCGCUAUGAUCAUGAUCAGUCUGAGGAAAUUGUGCCACUGCGAAAAGUUUGCCGUAGGCCAGAAACUGAUUAUCGAUUGCAACAACUUCAUGCUGUGAAUGAGGUGGCAUCAGCAGAGCAGCACAAAAGUAAUAUGGACUCUUUUGCAGUCAAUUCUCUGAGAGCUAGUGUUCCUACUCUUGAAACUCCACAAAAACAGCAUCAUACCACAGAUGCAACAUCAGUUACUCCAGUUGCGCUUGCUAAUACCUCUUUUGCCACUCAAGCUUCUUCAGUCCUUGAACCGAAAAAGGCUGAAACUAGCAAUGCCGUCGAUGCAGGUAAUUCAAAUACUGUUCCAUCAGGUGGCAACUCUGUUGCAAGUGUCAGUUUAAUCAGCAACAAUACUGUUAUCUCUGAUGAUAAUAUGGCAGAGGGUAAGUAAAAAUGCAGGUUGAUGACGUUUGUCGAGUUUAGAGUUUUUGUCAUCACCAUUUUGUGCAAAGUUAUUAGCAUGCUUCUAUCUGUUCUUUCAAAUUAUGAGUAGCAUAGAGGCUGGCUUAGGGCUCUCUAGUGGAGCUGGUUUCGACAACGCAUGUAAUAUGAAUAGAGAGUAUUAGUUUUAUCUGUAAACUAAACGGCAAAACAUAUUGAAGGAAGAAUGAAAUAUCACAAUCAGUUCAUAGUCAA